AUGGCCGAGCACCUCGAGUGGUUCGCCGCGCAGCACAAGCAACAAAACGAGGCCGCAAAGGACUACCCCGAGACGCCCGAAGGCCGGAAAAUCUUCGACGCGGCGUGUAAAGGUGAUGAUAAAGAGCUCAAAAGACUCCUGCGGAAGUACAGUGACCGCGUCAAGUAUCUCUUGGAGGAGCGCGUCAACGGCCAGACGGCGCUCAUGGCCGCCUGCGCCAAAGGGCUCACCAAAUGCGCGCGGUUGUUGAUGGAGACGCCUACUGCGGUUGUCGCGGAGGACGACAAGGGCCGGACGCCCUUACAUUUGGCCGCGUCCCACGGCCACGCCGACUGCGUCUCGGAAUUAUACAUUUGCGGCGCGGAGAUGGAGAACGCGGACGAGCGCGGAUUCACGGCGGCACACUGCGCCGCGGCGAAUGGGCAUACGACUACAUUAGAACGGCUGUGGGAAGCUAUGAUAGAUCUGAAUGCGGAGGCCGAAUCAAAAAUGACGCCGGCCAGCGUUGCGGCGGCGAAUGGUAGAACGGAGGUCCUCAAGUUGUUACAAGGCUGGGGCGGCGACCUCCGGAAGAAGACGACGAACGGGGCGUCGAAUUUGCAUCGGGCGGCGCGCGGCGGCCAUACUGAAACGCUGGCGUUCCUUCUGACCAUCGAUCGCGACGUCGACGCUGUUGAUGUACACGGCUGCUCGGCGCUGCACGACGCGCGCGGGUGCUGCGCGCUGAAGCUCAUCGAGGCGGGCGCCGACGUUUAUGUAAAAACGACGGCGCAGCGGUUGACGCCGCUCCACAAGGCCGCCUGGCGCGACGACGCCGAGGCUUUAAAUGCGUUGCUGGACGCCGGCGCGGCGAUCGACGCCGCAGACGCCGCGGGCCGGCGGCCGCUGCACCACGCGGCGGCGGCCGGCGCGCGCGCGGCCUGCGAGAAACUGCUUAGUAAGGGGGCGGACGCGUCGGCGACGGCGGACGACGGCUCGACCCCGGCGACGGCGGCGGCGACCGCAGGCUUCGGCGCUCUCGCAGAAGACGCGCUUGCUCGCGCGCAGUACGGCGCAUCUGCGAAUGACGACGCCGCGCGAGCCCGCUGGGCCAAAGCGUUCGUCGACGCCGGCUGCCCGAGCGCCCACCACGCCGCCGCUUUGGUAGAGAGCAACGCACGGGACCGGCGCUACGGCGAGGUCGGCUUCUGGACGUCGGCGCUGAUCCUGCGGGCGGCGCGCGCCCCGAGCACGGCGAGGAUCGCGGACCUCGGCUCGGGCGUCGGGCGGUUCACGCUCGCGGCGGCGUUACUCAUGCCCGAGGCGCGAGUCGCGGGCGUCGAGAUCGCGCCCGAGCUCCACGCCGUCGCAUCGCGAUGCGAUGCGCCUAAUCUCAGCCACCGGUGCCAGGAUUUUCUGGAUGACGACGAGUGCUGGACGUGUGAUAUCCUUUUUAUCAAUUCAACAGCAUUCUCGCCGGAGCUUAUAGCAGACGUGGAGCGCAAGUGCGCCGCCCUCAAGCGCGGCGCCGUCGUCGUCACGCUUACCACGCGCCUCGACGCGCCGGAGCUCGAGCUGGUCGAGCGCUUCGACGCGCCGGCGUCGUGGGGCGUCGCGACGGGCUUCGUGCAUCGACGCGUCUAA